AUGGAUGUACACUCUGAUAUAAUCCGUCAACAGUGUAAUAAUUUGGCUACAAAUAGUAAAGCUAUUCUCAUUGAAGGAUUUCCAUGCCAUGAAGGUCAAUUAAAUACAUUGAAUAAAUGUUUUGGUGGUGUAGAUUUAGUGAUUUUAUUAGAUUGUGAAGAAACCACACUGAUUGAUCGAUUACAUCAACGUCGUGAACGUUUAAAGCGUGUUGAAGAUGAAUCCGCUGUUGUAUUACAACGUAUUUCAUUUUUUAAACAUUGUACAUUACCUGUAAUCAGAUAUUAUGAUGAACGUGGUAAACUAGUAACAAUUUCUGGUGAUCGAGAACACAGUGAUGUUUUCAAUAAUUUGAUUUCAAUCAUUGAAUUCUUCUUACGUGUAAAAUCCGAAUCAAACAAUGAAACCCCGACCAAUAAUACACUAAUGAAAACUGAAGAAAUUAUACCAGUCAUAUCAAAAUUAUUAAAACAUGAACAUAAACGACUUAUAACAGGUGUGACAAUAGACGAUGAUCAAUCACUUGAAACAAGUUUUGAAGAUAGCGUGGCUAUGAAAGAAGACGAUCCCUUGCCAUCAAGUCAAUUAUUGAUCGAUUCCGAAUACACUGAUCAAAAUGAAUUAACAUCAGAUAAUUUAGGUAAUUCAAAGAAGACUUCAAAUAAUGAUUUUGAGAAGUAUAAAUUUAUUUUUGUUAUCGGUAGUAAUGAAGAGAUUAGACGAUUAUAUUGUAAACAUUUAUUAAAACAAUGUAAUUAUAAUUAUAUUUCAAUGAAAAGUAUCAUGGAUUCUUCAAUGAAUUUAAACAAUGAAAAAAUAUCAUUUAAUUUAAAUAAAUUAAUUGAAAUUAUUACUGAGGAAAUGAAUAGAACACGUAAAAUUGGUUAUAUUAUUGAUGGGAUACCGAAUAGUUUGUCUCAAGCAAAAGAAAUCGAAGCUUACAAUGAUUCAUUGAAAUUUUCAAAUUGCAAACUGAUUAUUUUGCUAGAAGAGAAAAUUACUGAGACUAAUCAUUCAGAAGAUAUUUCCGAUUCUUAUACAAAUAAUAUUGACAAAGAUUUAAUUGAAUUUUUGGAAUCCUCAAAAAAAUUAUAUCGUGUACCUUGUUCACGGAGUGAAGAUGAAAUAGCUUAUCAAUUGCACAACUUAUUUUCAUAAUUUGAAAUCUUCACCAAACUAUUUUGUUUGUUUUUUCUUGAUUUGCAUUCUUCUAUUCAUGUAUUUGCAGUGUUCAAUGUUCAAAGUAUCAACUUUUCAGAUUUCAAUUAUUGUAAUAAUAUUAGGCUUUUUAGAAUGCUUUUGCUUACUUAAUAAAUCAGUGAG